AUGGAUUCACAGGAAGAUCCUAGAAAAUUAACCAAAGUCCGGGGAAAUGAAGAUUUCUAUUCUAAAAAUCGGACAGAAAUCUCUUCUUCACCAACCCUCGGACCCCAAACCGAAGAUUCGGUUAUGAAUUUACAUGGAGAAAUCGCUCGUCCAGUUUUACAACGCCAACUUGAUUGUUUAACUGAAGAAGAUGAAGAUGUAGAUUAUCCUCCACCUAGACUAAUUACUGGUUUACCAGAACCCAUCACUGUUGAUGAUCAUACAGAAAAUCUGAAACCUAUUAAUCCAGAGAUUUCUUCUCUUAAAGCACCAUGUCUGCUAUUUACCACUGAAGAAAUCAAGAAAUAUAUUGAUCAACUUGAAACGAAAUUAAAAUAUUUUCAUCAGAAAAUGCAAGAAGCUGAAAUAAGAAUAAAUAAUCAACAGUCUCUUCUCGAUCAACAGGAAGACGAAUUGAUAUUUUACCGAAAAUUUCAUAAAACUGGUAAAAAUGACGCCAAUGAGUUUAUCCCUGAAGAAUAUGAAAGACUCGAAACACCACCAGAGGCAGAAUUUCGCAAGUACUCCUUUGGCAAAAAGCUAAAGGUUGAAAUGAACCCUACAGACGUUGAUCCUGAUAUAAAGGAAGCUGUAGAUAGAAGAAUACAAGAGAUCUUAAAUAAAACAGAACUAUCACCAGGAUCAUCUUUGCCAAGUCAUAAUUCAUUUCAAAAUAUUAUUUACAUCAAUCAUGAAUUCGAUGAUGAGAUGUUAAAUCCAACAUCACCAAGAUCCUGCGAAUCUCCUGUUCUAUUUAUAGAAGCGGAUACGUCAUCAAUACAAGAUCAUGAUAAAUCCGUUGAUACUUUAUCACCUGAAAAUUCUGCUCUACGUAAUGCAACAAGCAAUCCUCUGGAACCCGGCGAUUAUGAAGGACCUAGCCAAUUUCAAGAAGUACACACAAUAAGAGAACAGACAGAUAUGAAACCUACCUUAGAGGACCAAGCUGCAGAUCAGCUCCUUCAACAAUCAAAAUCUAGUCAAGAUCCGUACAAAUCUAUAAAUAUUCAAGAGUGUGGAACUGGGAUGAAAUAUGACAUCCCAGCAAGCCCAAGUCCAAACCCAGAAGUCAAUAUCAGAGAAGACUUUGAGUUUCAACAAAUCAUAAAAUCAUCUGGAGUAGAAAAUGAAGAAAAUAAGUUAACAGAACAGCUUGAAAACGAUCAGGUUCAAGCGAAUGAUGUACAGAUGACUCAAGAGGAACAACAACUAAUUGAAGAACUUGAAAAAUAUGUUGGAAUUUAUGAGGUCAGCUUCGAAUCCUUUACUGACACCCAUAAUGAAUUUCCAAUGGUUGAAAAAAUGCCUUACAUCGAUAUAGGAUCUGUUCUACUAAAAUUAGAAACAUCCGAACCUACAGACCUAAUUGCUCCUUCAAAAGGAAAACAUGUCAAAAAGUUGGCCCGAAAAACGGAAGUUGAAAUUGAGAAUGGACGACGCCCUGUUAAGUCCGCGUACAGGAAGAGCACAUAUCAAUCAAUGUUAUCUUCAAUUGAAUCAAAGAAGAUCGACCUUCCAAUAGUUUCAGACUUCAAUACCAGAAUACCGCUACCAGAUAUUUCAACAACUGGUUAUAUAUCACACUCCUCAUCACGCAGAGCAGCUGAAACAAGAUUAUUGGUUGGGAAUGAAAGUGUGUCUAAAAUCAAUCAAUUGGAUAGACGAGGUGCUCUACCACAAAUACGUGCUGGAUACUCUAGGAAACCACAUUAUCAAGAUGUAGAUGUAUCAUCAUUACCAAAAUUAAAUCCAGGUUAUAAUAAAUCAAAUACAAAAACCAACUGCCAAGGAAAAGACGAAGAAAUUGUUCUGCCGCAAAUUAAAUCAACAUCAUUAUCAACUCCAACAGUUUCAAAUCACAACCUUAGACAAAGAAUCAAAAGCAGUCUUUUACCAGAUAUGACAAAAUCAGAAAAGUUGCCUUCAAUCUUAUCAAUUAAUACAUCAAGGCAAGCAAAAGCAUCGACGUCCAGUGUAGGGAAAAGUCAAGGCUUCACGAAAUCUGCAACCUUUAAACAACCGAAGGUGUUACUUCCGGUUCAACCUAACCUCUAUCAAUCGAAUCGUCGUAAAGAAAGACGUCCCGGUAAAUUACCACCUAUUUGUAAUCUAGGUUUAGAUGAUAACCUGGUAGCAAGGAAGGAUUAG